AACUGCCACGUUUUUUUAUUGCACACAAACUUAUCGCUGGUUUUAAUUAAUAAUAAAUAAAAAACUGCAUGCAAAAAACACGAGAGGAAAGUGCAGAAAAAUCUUUACAGAAAACAAGCGAAAGCGUAAGCGAAAAACGAGGCCACGCCACAAACAGCAGCUAUCUUGUGGUCAAUUAUACAACUCGAACAGCGGACAUAUAAAAAAUAAAUACAGUGAAAAAAAAGCACAGUAAUCCAACAGCCAUUUUUGACCAAUAAUAAUAAUGGUCAUGUUGCUGCAUUCGAAGCGACAACUGCCGCCAGCAGCAGCAGCAGCAGCAGCAGCAGCACCAGCAUCAUCAUCGAGAACGAGAAGAAAACUUGAGAGAACAAGGACAUGGUCAUCGCUGAUGAUGACAAUGCUAGUGCUCUUGAGCAGCAGCAGUCAUGCGGCGGGAAACAGCUACAGCUACAGCAGCAGCAGCAGCAGUGGCAGUGGCAACCUGAGCGCCCCACAGCGUGGCUCCCUUUCUACAACAAAUAAUGGAGGACUCGUGUUGAUCGGCAGCAGCAGCUCCACUUCCAGCUCGAGUUCCGUGCCCUCAUUAUCCCUUACUUCAUCAUCCACCUCGUCCACGAGCAGCAGCAGCAGUUCAUCUUCGUCUGGUGGCGCCUCAAACAGUGGCAACAACCGCAGUGGUCGCCUGGCGAGCAGCAGCAGCAGCAGCGGGGGUGCAUCAAGUGGCACGAAUGAUCAAUUACCCGCCCAACUCUCCUCACGCAUCAUCCAUACACGCAAUGGCGCCAUCUCGGGCGUAAUUGUCCAAUUAGAUGGCAGGCAUUUGGAUCCGGUGGAGGCGUAUCGCGGCAUACCCUAUGCCUCGCCACCCGUUGGCAAUUUGCGUUUCAUGCCACCCGUUUCGGCGGCCAUGUGGUCGGGUGUCAAAAAGGCGGACAGAUUCAGUCCUGUUUGCCCGCAACGUCUGCCGGACAUUCACAAUGAGACGGCAACGCUGGAACGAAUGCCCAAGGGACGUCUGGAGUAUCUAAAGCGUUUGCUGCCUUAUCUGCAGAAUCAAUCAGAGGAUUGUCUUUAUCUAAAUAUUUAUGUGCCCAUACAAGUUGGUUCACGUGAUUCCACGGGCAGUGGCUCCUCCUCUGGUGGCAGUUCCAGCUCCUCCUCCUCAUCAUCAUCAUCAUCGUCUUCGGGCAGUGGAAAUCCUACAAAAUAUCCUGUGCUGGUGUUUGUGCAUGGCGAAUCAUAUGAAUGGAACAGCGGCAAUCCGUACGACGGUUCCGUUCUGGCAAGCUAUGGACAAAUAUUGGUGGUAACCAUAAAUUAUCGCCUCGGAGUGCUGGGAUUUCUGAAUGCGAACACGGACCGAUACUCGAAGCUGCCGGCCAAUUAUGGCCUGAUGGACAUCAUUGCCGCAUUGCAUUGGCUCAAGGAGAAUAUUGCUGCCUUUGGCGGUGAUCCCAAUAGCAUAACCCUCGCCGGACAUGGCACUGGAGCGGCAUGUGUCCACUUUCUCAUUUCAUCAAUGGCCGUGCCAGAGGGCCUGCUCUUCAAUCGCGCCAUCCUCAUGUCCGGUUCGGGUCUGGCCCCCUGGUCGCUGGUCAGCAAUCCGGCAAAAUAUGCCGCCAUUGUGGCCCACCAUGUGAACUGUGCCUCCGACCUGCCGCACGCCCAUCUGAUGAAGUGUCUGCGCGAGAAGACGCUCGAACAACUGCUGAGCGUUCCCAUCCGUCCGCCCGAAUUCGGUUUCGCCUUUGGGCCGAGCAUCGAUGGUGUGGUCAUCGAUGGCGGAGAUUAUGUACCCCCAGCGCCAGGUUCAGCGGCAGCUCAGGCUCAGGCGCAUGCAUCCACAGCCGCUGGGAAUGGCCUCGGCGGAGAGGCAGGCAUUGCCGCUGCAGGAGGCUGGGGCACGCCCGGACAACUGGAGAAUAUCGUAUUAAUGAGAAAAACUGCCAUUAACAAGUUGUCAAGAUACGACCUGAUGGCCGGUGUGACACGUGCCGAGGCCUUUUUCAGCUUCAAUUCGGGUGAUGUGCAAUAUGGCAUCGAGGCAGAUCGAAGGUCGAGAAUUUUAAAGGCCUACGUGAGGAACACGUACACAUUUCAUUUGAACGAGAUAUUCGCAACGAUUGUCAACGAGUAUACGGAUUGGGAGAGACCCGUCCAGCAUCCAAUUAAUAUCCGCGAUGAAACACUGGAGGCAUUAAGCGAUGCUCAGGUUGUGGCACCGGCAGCACAAACUGUUGAUUUGCAUUCGGCAGAUCAUCGAAAUUCGUAUCUAUAUGUUUUCGACUAUCAGACGCGCUUUGGGGACUAUCCGCAGCGUCAGGGUUGUAUCCAUGGCGAGGACCUGCCAUAUAUCUUUGGUGCACCGCUCGUUGGUGGUUUCAAUCAUUUCACGCGCAACUAUACGAAAACCGAAAUCAGUCUAUCGGAGGUGGUCAUGUAUUACUGGGCCAACUUUGUGCGCACUGGCAAUCCAAAUGAACAAAUGGAAACGGAGCACAGCAGUCGACAGGAGAGGAGUCGCUACAAAACCAUCGAGUGGACGGCAUAUGAGAGUGUGCACAAGAAGUACUUGAAUUUUGACACCAAACCAAAGCUAAAGAAUCAUUAUCGGGCACAUCGUCUAUCGUUUUGGUUGAAUCUCAUACCGGAUCUACACAAGCCAGGGGGCGAUAAUGUCCCCGCCGCCCAUCAUCAGCUGAACGACGACGACGAGGAGGAUAACAAUAUACCGAAUGAUGCCUCUGUAAAGCCCCUGAAUCCCCCCUACACCUCGAGGGCUGCCAAUGCAGCGGCAAUGGGAAACUUUACGAUUUUCACAAAUCAAGUGUUUUCCCUGCUGAAUCUCAGCUCGCCGUCGUCCUCGCUGCAGCGGAAUGGCACUCGCUAUGGCGGAAAUAAGGUCUAUCCCGAUGACAUGAUGGAUCCGGAUCAUGCGGCCGGGGGAGCGGCCAGUGCCUCGCAGGAUAACGAUGGCUUUGCGGCAUAUUCCACGGCCCUGAGUGUCACCAUUGCCAUCGGCUGUUCCCUGCUGAUCCUCAAUGUCCUGAUCUUUGCGGGUGUCUACUAUCAGAGGGACAAGACGCGUCUGAGUGAGCCCCGACCGCAGACAAAGUUGAAGCGGCAGGAGAAUGGCCAAAUUCCAAACAGCAUCUGUGGGGAUCUGGAGACGCUGACAAUCCAUGCAAAGAGUGACCCUGGGACGAUCCUAUCCCAUCAUCAUGCCAUGCAGCAUCAUCAGCUUCCACCUCCGGAAUUUGCGGACAUUCCACAUCGUGCCCCGCCGCCUCCGAAGCACAUGAAAACGAUGCAGGAUCCAGGGGGUGGCGGUGUGGGUGGUGUCGCCCCAACGCAUGCCCUGCAAGUGCUUGGCAAUCAGUGCGGGACUCUGACCAAAAAGAGUUGCAUGAAGCAGACACAGGCGCAGGCACAACAGCACUCUCCCUCGCAGCAGCAGCAGCAUCAGUCACAUCAGCAGCAGCAGCAGCCGCAUCAGCAGCAACAGCACGUGGUAACACAUCAGCAACAUUUGCAGAAUCAUCAUAAUCAAAGCAUGACCACCGUUCUCACCACAGCCGGUGGAUUGGUGGUGCCCACCCCGCCCACAGUGCCAGUGAUUGUGGCAGCCCCCACACAACAGCAGCAGCAACAGCAACAGCAGCAGCACCACCAACAGCAACAGCAGCAGCAACAUCCACUGAUGGAUGAGCUCCGUGUGUGACAUUAAUUGACCGUGCGUUUUAAAUGUGAUCUCUAAGCGCACAGUCCAUUCUAUAACCUAUAGCCUAUAUAUAACCCUUGCCCAAUCUCCUUCCUUCCUUCCCAUUUUCCCUACAUGUUUCAGCUGUCGGUGAGUGUCUGUGUCAAUAUCCCCUGGAUGAAUGGUUAAAUCUCUCUCUCUAUAUAGCGCCUAAGUGUACGUAUGAAUGCUCUAUCCUGAUGUAACAGGAUUUAAAAUCAAAUGUAAAUCCUCGCUGACCAAGCUAUUACUUUGUUGCUAGUUGAUUUUACAUAUAUAUAAAUA